AUGGCACACGGCGAGCCCAUUUUGUACAGCUUAUACAUCUAUGCGCCCAACAAAGUGGCACCUGUCAUUUUUGCCGUACUCUACGCCGUAUCUGCAAGCCUCUUCAUCUGGCAAGCCAUUCACUAUGGAUCGUUGAAGUUGACAUGGUUGCAAUUGGUCUCGGCGUGUCUAUUCAGCCUUGGCUACGCACUGCGCGAGUAUGGCGCGUACAACUAUCUAUAUAGGGAGGACAGCAGCUCGCCGCUGAUCCUAUUCGUCCUCAGCCAAGUCUUCAUAUACGUGUGCCCGCCUCUCCUCGAGCUCGCCAACUACCACGUUCUCGGCAGAUUAUUCUACUACGUCCCGCAUCAGGCCCCCAUUCCAGCGGGAAGGGUACUCGGUAUCUUCGGCGGCCUUAUGGCGGCGGUAGAGCUUCUCAAUGCUCUAGGGGUCUCACUGGCUUCGAAUCCGUCGGCCGACUCCGCUCAGCAAUCCCUCGGCAGCAACCUGACAAUUGCCGCGCUCAGCAUCCAGCUUGCCGUCAUCUUAAUAUUUGUCUGUCUUGCAGGGCUCUUUCAUUGGCGCUGUGUUCAGGCGAAAAUGAGUUCUGCAACCAUCAAGACCAUCCUCUUGGUGUUGUACGCAAGCAUGCUGCUUAUAUUUUUGCGCUGUAUAUAUCGCCUCGUGGAACACGUCGGCCCGACCAACAAAGACCUGACCAACAUCGACGCACUUCGAAAGCUUAGUCCUCUUUUUCGAUAUGAGGUCUACUUCUACGUCUUUGAAGCAACAUUUAUGCUCAUCAACUCGGCUCUCUGGAACAUUUGGAAUCCGGGGCGGCUGUUGCCCCAGGACUACCAUAUCUACUUGGGGCGGGACGGAACGGAACUUGUUGGCGAAAAGGAUGUGGAUAACCGCCCUUCCUGUGACGAGGCCUACGAGGGUCUGUCGGAGACCUCCAAGAUCUCGUACAGCAACAUCUCCAACUGCGCCAAGCUUGCGACAAAGCUGGCUGUCACCGACUGCGCUCGCAAGGCCGACAAAAUCAAUGUCUAG